AUGCCAUAUAAUAAGAAGACCGCUGGAAAAAGAGCUCCUGCAAAAAGGAAACUUGCUGAAGUGUUUGCUCUGGGGGAGGUUCUAGCAGAUACAUCAAGAAAAGAAUGGAAAUUAGGUGACCCUGUAGGGCAAGGAGGCUUUGGACGCCUGUACCUUGCUGAUGUUAAUUCUUCAAAGCCAGUCGGCAGUGAUGCGCCUUAUGUUGCAAAAGUGGAACCCAGCCAGAAUGGACCUCUUUUUACUGAGUUAAAGUUCUACAUGCGAGCUGCUAAGCCAGAUGAAAUUCAGAAAUGGACUAAGUCCCAUAAACUGAAAUAUUUAGGUGUACCAAGAUACUGGGGUUCUGGCUUGCAUGAAAAAAAUGGAAACAGUUAUCGAUUUAUGAUAAUGGACCGAUUUGGCAGGGAUCUUCAGAAGAUAUAUGAGGAGAAUGCAAAGCGAUUUUCCCACAAAACUGUACUACAAUUAGGCCUGAGAAUACUUGAUAUUCUGGAAUAUGUCCAUGAGCAUGAAUACGUGCAUGGAGACGUCAAGGCCUCAAACCUUCUUCUGAGUUACAAGAACCCUAAUCAGGUGUACUUGGUGGAUUAUGGACUUGCCUACCGAUACUGUCCUGACGGAGUUCACAAAGUAUAUAAAGAAGAUCCUAAAAGGUGUCAUGAUGGAACUAUUGAAUAUACCAGUAUUGAUGCACACAAGGGUGUGGCGCCAUCGAGACGUGGUGAUCUGGAGAUCUUGGGUUACUGUAUGAUUCAUUGGCUUAGUGGCCAUCUACCAUGGGAGGAUAAUUUGAAAGAUCCAAAUUUUGUCAGAGACUCAAAAAUCAGAUGUAGAGAUAAUAUUUCCGUUUUGAUGGACAAAUGCUUUCCUGGGAAAAAUAAACCAGAUGAAAUAGCCAAAUAUAUGGAAAAGGUGAAGCUGCUGAACUAUGAAGAGAAACCUGUUUAUCAGCACUUCCGAGAAAUACUUCUGCAAGGUCUUAAGGCCAUUGGGCAAAAAGAUGAUGGAGUACUUGACUUUGGCUCGUCAGAGAAUGGAGACUUGCAAACAGAACCCAUGCGAAAGAAAAAAAGAAAGGCAGCAGCUGCAGCCAGUGAGAGCACUGAAGCAGAAAUGGAAGAUACCGGAAGUCCAGAAAAAAAGAAACCUACUUCUAGUAAGUCAAAAGAUUAUGUCGCUACCAGAACCCGGAAGAUGGCCUCACCAAAACCCAAGAAAGGCACAGCAACCAGAAAGAGAGUCCAGAAGUAA